UUAAGAUGUGCAUUGGUUUAUAGGAGUUAGAAUGACAACAGUAGUCGCCGCUGGCUAGAUGAAUGUAUAAAGUAAAGCGACACCUUUCGAAUUAAGAUUUAAAAUUUAGCUGGUUCUAUAAAGAAGACGGCCUUCUGACAAACCUGGGGAUUUCUCGUAAAAAUUUUGUUAGCUGAAUCAACGCUCGACAAUAUCCGAAAGAUUUUAAGUUGCUCAACAGUGUUGAAUUAUCUCGAUUGUGAAACCUCUGAAGGCCUAGGCAUUAUCAAGGAUAAAGAUGCAAGGCAGAUGUGCAUGUCAAUUUGUUGAAGUGAUAUGAAUCAGUUUUUUCAAUGGCCAGCAUCAGCCACCCAAGUCAGAAGUCAAGAGAGUUAUCAUUUUUUUGGAAACACAAACGAUGUGCAACAGAGCUCAGUUGAACAGCAAAAUCAAAGUGGUUAUGUGCAGCCUGGCUUCUAUAGAAAUGAUAGGAACCUUGUAGAUGUCUCUGCUCAGCAAAAUCCCAGUUUCUUCCAAGGAACAGAAUCAGGUCAAAUGUACUCUAGGUUUUGUCAUCAGCAACCUUUGGAGCAACAGCAACUAAGAGAUUUUGGCCAACUUCCACAGACUGUUCUGCAGACAAACAUGAAUGAGAAACCUCAGAUUGAUGCAUUCAUGUCAUCAGGACAGCAAUCAAACCAGACGCGACAAAUGUAUCAGAAUUUCAAUUCCCAGCCAGCGACUAGAAUGCCCUUGCAGGACAGGGAACAGAGAAGCUAUUUGGCCGAUGUAAGAAAUCCAUAUUCUCCAUUGUCAAAGGAAACACAAAGACAAGAAUAUCCUAUCAUGGACCGUCCUGUCUUGAACCAUCCUGCCAUGAAUCCCCCUAUGGGAACAUUCUCCCAAACAAGUAUUCCGCAAGAUGCAGUUAACCCAAACCAAUAUGGUACCCUCAGUUCUCAGUACAUAGGCGAAAGAAGGGCAGACCAGCACACGCCAUAUUCUGUGUUUCAAAGUAUUAAUCCUGCGGUUGUGCCCAAAGCAGAACCAGCAAGAUAUUCAAUUCCUUCAACAGUUGAUACAAGAGUGCUAUCGCAACAGAACAUUCAAAAUCAAAUUGGUCAAACUCAAGAAUUUUCACAGAUUCCUCAGCACCAACCCAAUUGCUAUCCAGCUAGACAUCAGAGUAGCUGGCAGAAUGACAAGCCCUUACCAGAUCACGUAUUGAGAAUGGUUAACCGAGGUCAAACUGGUCAUCCCUCACAGUCAUUUCCUCAUGACCUAAACAGCCCUUUUCUAUCCUCUUCUGGUACGCUAAAUACAGGUCUACAGGGGUCACCAGUGUAUUCUACCAGUAAUAAUGGUCCAUAUGUACCUAGUGACAUCCAGGUUACUCGGCACCCAGAACAACGCACCAAUAAAGGUGAAGAAUCUAUGAACCAAGUUGGUACAGGACAUUCACCAUUGCUUUUUUCAAGGACCCCACCUCCUCACUUUCAAGCACCACCAACCAACCAACAACAAGGGUUUCAAGAACAGCUACGUCCUGUUACCCCUGCUGGAGCCAGUUAUCAAGCAAAUACCAAUGUGAAUGAUUCACGGUAUCAAACUGUAACAUCCUUUAGAUCAGCUCCAUCUGUCUUGACUUCUUCAGGUCGCCCACCUUUAGUUAAUCCAGCAAGAGACACCAACGUCUUCUAUGUGCAGCCCCCUCUAAGACAAUUUAAUCCAAACCAUACAUCCCUUGUAAACCAGCGUAUGCCAAGCUCCAGCACACCAGCUAUGCAAGCCAAUUAUAAUUUUCAAGAUAGUCCAACAGUGCAGCGUUUUAAAAGCCCAAGCGAAAAUAAUCCUAUUUAUCCGCCACUACAAAGACAACCUUCUACUGGACAUUAUCCAGCCAGUGAUGCGAAUCCUAACGCUCUUCAAAGGAACCCAGAUAUAGUCAACAAGCUGAAUAGCCUGAACAUUCAAAACAGCUCAGGAUACGAAAACCGACCUUUUGCUCAGACUUUGCCAGUUAUGGAAACAAGCGCAAGCAGUGAAAGGCGCAUUGUGGAUCAACCUGAGAUUUAUGGUAGGCCACCAAGGAUACAGUCCAGUCAAGUAAAUGACUCUUUCAAUGGAACAGCGGGGUCGGGGCACCAACAUCCAGGCAAUUUCAAACCCCCUUACCCAGAACAAAGAGCUCAUUACCCGAACGUUGAAAGAAGUGUUUGGAAUCAGCCUCAAAGCCAAAUUCAGAAUCGACCAAAUAUUCAUUUAGGUGGUUUUGUCUCAAAUGCGAAUGGUCCGAUUAACCGAGUGGGCAAUGAAGGUUUUUCCCCAGUACAAAACAGUCAAAUGUGGCACUCUGGUAUGUAUCCUGCACCAAGUAAUCCUAGGCCUCCUGUUUAUGCCGCUAAUGCAAGCGAAACUCAUAUAAGAGCUCCGCCUCCAAGACACCUGGAUAUGAUGGCACGGCAGCUGUCACAUGACACUGGGUUUAUUCAGCAGCAGCCUGGGGCCACGGGCCAGCCUAUCGUCAUCAUGCCUGGCUACUCCAGUACUGUCUCCAACAACCGUGCACCGUCAGUUAAAUUUGAGCCUCGAAUUGAAGCGAUUUUAGAGCAUAUUAGCAGCAAAGAGGGUCCGUUGUACGACAAGUUGAAAAAAGUUGUUGCUGAAAUUUUCAACAUCCAAGAUGAGGUCUUCUCAUUUCGAGGUCGACGAGGUGACCAGAGUUACAUUCUGAUAGAGGAAAUGUUGACGAGACAACUGCUAGUGUUGGAUGGCGUAGAUUCACAGGGAAACGAGGAUGUGCGUCUGACUCGUAAGUCCAUCGUACGGCAAGUUCAGGGGUUGAUCAGCACUCUCGAAAGUAAGGCAAGAACAUAAUUUUACUGCUCCAAGCAAUUUGAGAGAAGUCUUUAUUCUCUAGAAGCAGAAUUUUGUAAUUUUAUUUCGUGUACUUUGAUUUUUUCAUCGAGCUGAAAAAUAUUUAGUAAAUUUAGCAUAGUGCUUUUGAAGUUCAGUUACGUUAAUUUCGUAUGAUACUUCGCGAAAGCAGUUUUCUUUCCUUCUUUCGUCCUGAUGGUUCAUUGGAUGGAAGCACUAGAAAUUCGAUUAUCAGCUUGGCGCUCAGAGAAUUCCUGUGUUUUUCACACAUCUCCAUGGUGGCAAUCUUAAUAAUUGAUUACCCUAAAGAAAGAAAAUUUCCAAAUGUUUGAUGUAGUACCAGUGCUUGCUGUUUAAAGACAAGUCGACUAAUGGACGCUGAAUGUAGGAUGUAGAUAGGAAAGAAUUUCCCAAUUUAUUAUAGAUAAACCUAGAUCUAUAGAGAAGGAACUCCAGUUUGCUAACAAGCUCAACCUUAAUGUGUAUUUAGCAAAUCAAGUUAUCUACAAUAGACGUAUGUUUGAGAAAAACAAUCGUAACGGAAAAAUAUUUCGUUUUCAUUAAGAAUCUGUUUGUGUUGACAAAAUUGUUUAGAAACUGUCAGUGUUUCAUACGUAAAGAAUUGCAAGUUUUUCUCCUGGAGCCUCCUUUAGAGUUUCCAAUCAUUAAUUAGUACUUCUAAUUUGUGAGAUUUGUAUUUUUGAUUGUUAAAGAUUUUUGUUUCACUUCAUCGACCUCAAAGGAGAUUGCAAUCCCAAUGACUCGAUGACGUCAUGUUAUGGUAUUGCUCUUUAUAGUUUUCAUAUAGUUGAAGGCUUAUUGAAACCUUAUGAAAAGUAUACAAAGUUCGUUAAACUUGUUACAAGUUGUCUGUAACAAGUUGUCUGUCGUAUGAAACAAACUCCCCUCCUCGUCCAAUCACUGGAAUUAGUUUACUUGCUUUACCUUAGUCAAUUUGCAAACGAUUUACCUUUACUCGCACUCUUAGAGAUUUUUCUUGGUGUUGUUUCCGGUGUAAUAUGCGUUUUGGUACCCUAUGCAAAAGUGUAACUUUGUGAAACGCAAUGUGUUUCAAAUCAUGUGAUUUCAUCCUAGUGCGAUAUUUGACACGCUAUGAGUAACAAAUGGAACAAAAUGCUUUUCAAGUUUAAAAUUUCACACCUGUCAAUCACGCAAACUUUUGAGUCGCCAUUAAUGUUGUACUUUUUUGCAUAAAUUUAGCAAGGUCGAUUGUUCUUUGCAUUCUGAAAAAUAUGAACCAGAAAAUUUUUGUACCCAGACCGGUUUGCACGCUAAAUUCCACCAUUCGUUUCGGUUCCCUAUUUUUUAAGUGCUUGGGUACAUUUUUCUAUAAACAAAAUUGUCACGCGUUUGGGCACCCGGACAGUUUUGCAUGCUAAAUUCCUCUAUUCUUUUUGUUACCCUAUUGUUUAAGUGCUUGGGUACGUUUUUGCAUAACUCAUAAUCAUGCGUUUGUUUACCCGGGCCGAAAUGCAUUAGGUUACCGAAACGCAUAUGACACCGGCUUUAUGAUAGAAGUUCGAAAAAUUUUAAAAAAGGCCACACGCUUCAAAGCAUGUUUAAUGAAGUAUUUUUGAAUAAAUGUGCAAAGAAAAGCUAAAUUUGAUCGCCUCCAGCCGAGAAAAAUCAUGAGCCGUCAGUAUAUUUUUUGCCCUGCCCAUUGCUUAAAUGAGAGCUAAAAUCAUUUGUUAGGGGCGGUGUGCAGCAAGAUCAGGUAAUUGUAACAGAUUGUUAUUUGAUUCAGUUGAACCACUAAAGUAACAUCGUGUUUAUUUAACUCUUUGACUGCGUGAAUUUUCAUUUUCAACCGAAGAAAAAUUUGUACAAUUAAUAAAUCUUAAGAAUGAAUUUUCAUG